AUGUCAGUGCCCACGCCGAGCUUGACGGUUCGCAACGUGCGGCUGCCACCAGCAGCGUAUCGAGCACUGAACCUCGACACGGACGCCACUGCGCCGCUUGUGGAUCUCGACUACAUCGCCGCCAACGAUGCGGUCGAGGUGCACCUUACUCCGCACGACGCCUCGGUCGAGCAGCGCUUCGAUCCCGCCCAGCCGUUCGCUUCGACCAUUCGCAUCGAUGCUGCCGAUGAUGCUCGCCGAGGGGUAGCGAGAGAGGCUGCGGAGAGGCGGCUGGUGGGACGCUUCCCGUCGCCCACGUCCACACCCGCUGCUGCGCCUCGCUGCAUCGAUGCACGUGGCAGCCUCGGCAUCCCUGGUGGCCUGUGUCAUCCGCACAUCCAUCUCGACAAGUGCUUCCUCCUCGACCGCUGCACACUCUCUGACGGCACCUUCAGCGAAGCCCUCACUGCGACUGCCAGUGCCAAGGCGGAGUUCACGCACGACGACCUUGUGGCGCGAGGGCGCCGGCUUAUUGCCGCCUCGCUCUCGCACGGCGUCACGAGCAUGCGCGCGUUCGUCGAGGUGGACCCCACCGUCGGCCUACGCUGCGUCGAAGCGGGCAUUGCGCUGCAAGCCGAGUUUGCCGACCGGUGCCAUGUCCAGCUCGUGGCAUUUGCACAGGACCCACUGUUCUAUCCCGAUGCAGCGAAACAGCAGCGCAUGCACCAACUACUGCGACACGCAGCUCAAAGCCGACAAGUCGACGUGGUGGGAUCAGCACCGUACGUCGAAUCUUCUCCCGAGGGGGAUGCGGUACAGCAGAAGACGCAACAACGCAGGAACAUCGACUUUGUCUUUAAGCUGGCAGAGGAGUUCGGCAAGCAUGUCGACUUUCACCUCGACUACGACCUGGACCCGCCGGGGGCAGCGGCGGAGGGGAGGGAAGCUAUGCUGCCGUAUGUGCUUGGUCUGUCCCGGGGUCGCAGCUGGGAUGUGCGUGGGCAGACGAGACGCGUGACGAUCGGACACUGUACCAAGCUGAGCGUGUACACGGAGGGCGACAUUGCGGCGUUGUGCGAGGGGGUGGCGGAGGGCGUUUCGGUGGUGGCGCUUCCGCCGUCGGACAUGUACAUGCAGGGGCGUGACCAGCCGUAUGCAUCUCGCUCCCGGGCUACGCUACCGCUGCUGGAGCUGCACAAGACGCUGCGGCUCAGCUGGGCGAUGGGCGUGAACAAUGUGGCGAACCUCUUUACGCCGCAGGGCGAUGCUGAUCCUCUUGCAAUGCUGCCGUGCAUGGUGGGCGUGUGGCAGAGCGCCAAACCGCGCGACUGCGAGACACUGUUGAACGCGGUUUCUACCUCGGCACGCUACGCUGCCGGCUUUACUUGUUCGUACGACGACGCUGCAGUGUGGGCGGAUCUGACACUGCUAGAUGGAGCUAGCGGGGUUCAAGAUGCUGUAUGCGCUCCACCCUUCGGCCGACUUACGAUCGCAAAAGGAAGCAUGGUUGCACAACGCACGAUUCAUUCGACACUCUUCUAG